UCAGGAGCACGGCAGCACAUCAGGAUCAGACCUCGACGAACCGCUCUCCAAGUGUCGUCGUUUGUCCGCCUCAUCGUCAGAAUCUCUGCACUCCACCUGGUCAUCUCUCCGCCCUCAGAGCUCCACGGCGCUCUCCCGCAACGUUUCGGACUCGAGUGCGUCAUCCCGCGAAGCUUCCCCCAUCCGCAGUAUAAGUGCCAUAUCUGAAUUCGAGUCUCUGUUUUCACCGAAUCCAGAGAAGCCCUGUCCAAGCCUUCAAGCCGAGAAUCCUGCAUCUGAUAUAUCAUCCCUGUGUGAGCGCGUUGCUGUAGACGAGGUUGACCGUAGCAGGCCGCUACACUCGCUUGCCAGAUCCUGCAGGAAGCGAUCGUCUGAUUCUAGUCGUUCGAGGCGGUCCCCCAGUCGAGAAGAUGGUCGGAGAUCUGUACGUCGUCGCGCCGAGUCCAUAGCCUCACGACGAAAGCCCCGGCGCAAGAAGCGGCGCCUUGCCAAUGAGUUCAGGAGUGAUGAAGACAGGCUCAGGAGCACCAGAUGUGCACAAUGGCAGGAUGGCGAACUGAACAUCUCUGAGACUGGGUCCUACAUCGAGCAAGUGCACCUUCGCAGACUCAGACGCCGACGUUGUCUAUUGGAUGAUUACGUCUGCAUGAGUGACGGCGAUGAACCGUGUCACGCGUCCAACUCUCCUGUAGCUCGGCUCUCGACACUGAAGGGACGGUUGACCAAGAAUGCCUUACCAGAAACUCAGCGAAAUCCGGUCGUCUUAACACAAUUGCAGGAAUCCGAUCCGAAAGUUACGGCGUCGCCAAACUUACAGGGAAAUUUAAUUCCUGAUAGUGAAGCGGGUCAAGGAAUUGUUGUCGCUGAUCAAGUUGCUGAUAUCGUUGAAAUGACAAUCGCACCGAGCAAGUCUGAAGCGAGGGAAGCAAGUAAAAUAAACGGCAACGUAAUGGAAAACCAAGAGGGGAAAAAAGAGGAGACCCAUCUCCAUCAGGGUUCACCAAAUCGAGCAAUUUACGAGUUCAAGCAUCAAGACACCGAUGUCGAAGAUUCGCCAAAAUUAGAGCGCAAAGGUGUUUGUAACCUGUCGAAGAAUAAUUUCAACACCAUCGUGGAAGAUGUUUCACCCGGCGCUGCAUCAAAAUCAGUUAUGCGAGAGACUUCGAACUACAAUUUGAACUUGUCGUCGUUGGGUCGAGUUGGUCGCAGGAGCUGGCAGCAACAACGCGAGGAGCCUGAUGAGGAAUACGAUAGCGAUGGGCUUCAGAAGAUCAUUGAUUCGUCCAUAAUGGAACCUGACUGGCUGAAAGUCGAGUCUGAUGGCCUCGAGGAUCCAAGUUGCGAAGAAGGGAGUGAUGAACCACCGGCUUUGGAGACGAUGGACACUGGUAGCGAAGAGGGACCUCAGCAAUCACGAACUUCUUUGGCGGCUCCCUCAAAGCUGGACAGUUCUAUCCAUCAGCUGGUCAACGCCGCUGAGAAUUUAGUGAAAGCCACGCCUCUGCCUUCGCCCAUUGUGUCUCCCAGGACGCCAAUCUCGUUGAACCUUGGUGGAUCUCGCUGCCGCGUGCCACCAAGCAAUCUUGGUCCGCUAUCUUUUGAAGUUACUUCGCCCAGGUCAGUUAAGCAUGAACGCGUGCAAAGUUGGCUGGCCACUCAACCCUGCGCCCCGGCGCUCCUGGACUCGUGUGAUGCCUCAGGAGAAAUGACGACGGGCGAGAGUGAAGGAGACUCAUCGUGUGAAUCCGGUGACUUUACGCUCACCUCUCACAUGGCAAAGGAUUUGCCCCAGUCGGUCGUCACCACUCCUGUCGUUGAACGUCCUGCCAAUCUCACUCUUGGUUCGGAACCUACCAAGGCUGUAUUGCGCAAUCGUCGUCGACGUGCGGGCGAACGAAGAAGGCCAUGGAGCGUCCUUGAUAAUGGAUCUCGACAGACGGCACUGACCUCAACGCCUUCACCUCAAAAGCACAGCGGCGGGACAGUGGAAAAAACUCGGAAGCUGCUCACGGCUACACAGCGAAGUUCGUUCACCUCCUCAGACCCAACACUCGCGUCUUCCUCUGGCGAGACUAUCUCGAGACCGGUAGAGCAGACCGCGUCUGGUUUGGUGUUGAAUGCAGUGCCUGAAGGGAGUGUGCCCUCAGCGUCCAUCGAACAGCGUGGUUGCGCGUCGGAUUCCGCCCUGGAUGCCUC